AUGACAAACACUAUGGUAAACGCACCUCACAGCAGUACAUUGGCCAUUCCAUCCUUGUCUCCUCCUGAAUGCGCCAACACCGCAUCAAGCACUGCGUCUUCAGCAUCAUCACCACGAAGGUUAUCACAGACAAUUACAGAUAUCGUUACAGGAUCAAACCCAAAUACAACUCGCAGUAGAUCAGGCUCCUCGCCAAGGUCGCCUUCGCCUACCCAUGUAGAGAUACAAACCCCAAAGAAGCUGUCUAUUGAGUUCGAAGGCGGAACACACAUCAUUGUGAGACCAAAUCGAAUCAUUCGAGGCGUUGUUCAUCUCAAGACGCCGCAGCCCAUUCAAGCCAGUCAAAUCAGAAUCAGAUUUCGUGCCGAAGAAGUAGCAACAGCCAAAGUAAAGGAGUAUGGAUUAGAGAACAAAAUUGAACGCAUUGAUCAGUCCAUCACCACCUAUUUCGACGUGAGUACCAAAGUGUGGGGAACGGAGCCCAGUGCCUAUUUAAUGAGUCCGUGGGAGGUGAUUGAACCGGGAGAACAUCAAUACCCAUUUGCAUUAAAGUUUCCCAAUGUGAAUUUCCCUCCCUCCACCGAUGAUCCUGUUGGGUUUUCGAUUCACUACAUUUGGUCUGCUCACUUGGAUGCCCCUUCCUUCAACCCGGGCGCUCGGUCAAAAGAAUACAUUAUGCCUUAUAGACCCAUUGUCUGUGCUCCCCCUACAAAGGAGUGGGAGUUUACUCAAACAACCUAUCAGGCGGAUAAAAAGACUCCAAUCGCCAAUGUCAAAGCUAAAUUACCAAGAAGAGCAUUUUGUCCAGAUGAGGAUGUUGAUAUGGAGUUGCAUGUGGAUAGUAUUCCAACGGAUCUCGUGGUAACCAACGUCCACUUUACGCUCAACAAAUGCUGCACUGGCCAGAUCCAGAUACAACGGGGUCUAGCACGCAAAUCAAAGGUCAGGAAAAUCAUUGGCGGCUCUCUUCCUGUUGGAGGCAAUGGAGGAAGUAUUCGUUUGCCAGUCAAGUUCCAUGUGCCUACUCGCCUGGUGUCACCUAGUUUCCUCUCCCGUCAUAUCCGAGUGCACUAUGAGAUGGUGUUUACUAUCCAAUUCACAAGCCACGGUGGCCUCCUCAAAUCCACGCCAAGCUGCGAGUUCUCUAUACCCAUUGGCAUCACUAAUCUACCGCACAACCAUCUCUUGCACAUUCCCAACCUCACUUCUGUGCAAUCUUACCUUCAAUCAAAGGAGUCACCCAUCUUUUUUGAUCCAUUUUUAGAUGAACCUCCUUCGCAAUCCAGCAUUCCAAGUGAAUUAUGGGGCCCUUUGACAGCUGCAUUGACAACACCUCCGAUCACGUCACCCCCAAAUUACUUCAGUUUAUCGGAUUUGCCAUCCCAAUUCAUCCAGAGAGAUCGAGAAGAGCGUACUAUAUUCACAAGUCGAUUGAUCAAGCCUGGUAUGGCUCAGGAGUUGGGUGAUCCCAUCGCUAUUGUGUCCGAGAAUAAGGACUGUGAGUGGUAG